AUGGGUGUCAUCUAUGACCACGCGCCGGGUCUCUGGAAGGAUGCCUCUCCCGGAGGACAAGGCCUGGCGAAUUUGGCCUGGCAAAGCUCAGACGCUUGGAAGCGAGCGGACUUUCAGAGCGGUUUGCGGCACCACUAUGGCUGCGAGUCCAAGUUUUGGCCGCAGCACAACUUGGUGGAGGGCGCAGCUGCAUACCUCGUCUUCGAGUCAUUGCAGGCUGAUGGCAUGCUGGACAACCGGGCCGGGGAGCAGUUCAUGAACAGGUUUGUUGCCUCCUUGCAGAGCCACUUGCCGGUCGUAGCGCUGUGGACCUAUGGGCAUGGGCGCUUGAUCAAUCUCGGCCAAGCAGCGGACCAUGUGAGCUACCGACUUCCCCUCAUCCUGCUUGACAGCCGCAGCCACUGGACAUUUGAAGAGGAGCUGCUCGAUGAGGAGGAACCGGAGCUUGUGGCCUCCGUCAAGUCAGAGGCAACGCAGUGCCUCAACAAGGAGCUGGUGUGGUUGAGUCAGAGAUUUCGACGAAUUUCUGACGCGCUGGCGGACAAGACUUUGGUCGACACCUACACGGUCUCCGCCAUCGCACGAGUGCGCUAUGCCCUGGACCGGGCCAGGGACGUGCGCCGCUUGUCAGUGGCGCAAAACACGGAAGUGCGCUGCAAGUCUUUUCUGCAGCUCUGGCUGGGCGAGGCCAUCGAGAAAGCGCGCCUGGAGCAGGAUUCCAACAGUCAGUUUUAUGAACAUGACCCCAACGUGUUCAAGGCCGUGGAGAUGUACUUGAGAUAUGCUGGCCUGCAACAAUCUCGGGAGUCCAAGAUUUUCAGAGAAGACAUGUUGGAGGAUGCAGUGGCUUCGCUCCUGCAGGCUCAGGAUUUCAAGGACUUGCAAGAGACCUGGCUUGCGCAACGGCACAAGCUGGCCUUCCUUUUGGCACAUCGCCCCAGCUGCCUUUUCGACAAAGCAGUCAACGGCGUUCCCUUGCUGUCCUUCACAGAGGAGGCCGGCGUUUUCACAAGUGACAUUGCCCUCAACCUGAAAGAGCUGCAAGAGAGCACGUCGAUUGACGAAGUUAUGGAGUCCCUGCGAUCAGCUCUGCACAACAUCUUGACAGACAACGCAAACUAUGACUCCCUGCACAUGGACGAGGAGGUUUUCUGCCGCGACCGGAAUCUUUGGCUGGCGACACGUGACAUCCUGACCAGUGAUGUAGUGCACAGCUGUGGCAUCGACAAUGUGGAUGAAAUCAGGAUCCUCAUCAACGAGCAAGCCAAGACAGAGCGAUUGCCAUCGCACAGCUCUUUGCAAGGCUUGCUGUUGCUGCGCUGCGCUUGGAAUUUGUGUGAUCUCUUCGGGUACACCGCCAAGACUUACAAGUGGCGCACAAAGAUAUCAUAUGCAUUGAUCAUGGUCUUGGCAGCUGUGGUCGUUGGCAUCACUUGCUUCGAAGCGGUUGGCAGCCUGGAGGCAGAGACGGGCAAAGUCCUGGUGCUGACACUUGCAUUGACCACUGGCGCCUUGAAGUCGUGGACCUCAGUGACGAAUCCCAUGAACAAGUGGCUCAAGCUCAGAUCUGGCUCUGUGAUGCUGCAGGCAGAGAUUUGGAAAUUCCGGACGCGCGUGGGGAGCUAUGCCAGCAGCAAACAGACGAGCUAUCAUAUGAAUGGUGAGAGAGCAGCUGAAAGGAACUUGCACGAUAUGAUUCGUGCUGUAAGGGGAACCGUAUUAGAGAGUUCCGCGCUUAGCCAGACCAGCUUUUAUGCGCAUGCCACAGUUUCCAUUGAUGCUGAGCGCCUGAUGGACAAAGACAUGACGCAUUAUCAGGUCAUUGCCAAGCACGGGCAAUACCGCGGCAGACAGAGCCAUCCGGAAGUGCCUGGUGGUGGUGAUAACCACCAUUCACCUGCCAGCCCAGAGGACUACAUAAGCUGGCGGGUUGAGAGCCUAUGUUGCAUUUUUAUCAGUCCCGGGUGCCUUUCUACUCCCGUUUACUGCUGA